UGUUACCGGGGAGCGUGAGGACAGGUGGGCGUGGGGGCGGGGUAUGGUAAACAGUACAACCCCGAGAGUACUAAGCAAAGGAAAAGGAAGGCGUCCUAUUGUUGUUGGGGGCAACCCGGGACAGACUCCUGUAGUCUGGGCCUCGGUGGGGAACCGGGGGUUGUAGGAGGACCUGCCCUUUUGGGUUAAGUUCCACAGUUUGGUUAAGAACUGGAAUAUUUCUGGAGUUGGGAUGGUAGCUUCUUUGCGGGGAAGGAGCAACAGCUAUAGGACUGUAGCUGGUCUGAGGGUAGUGGGUAAAGAGUGUUCAGAGUGGAUACUGGGCCAUACCUAGAAGAGACUUUAAGGGUCCCCAUCAUUAACUGUGCAGUUUGUUUGGCAGCUUUUUGUAUUGUUUUUCUUAUUUGACUAGGUGGCAGACGCAAACAUGAAUUUGUAUGUUAACCUGAGGGAUACAACUGGCUUAUGGAAGGUAGCAUUGUUAUGAGUGCAUUUUGCACAUUAUUACUCAUGCACAGUGUGCAUUUCGUCAUAAUUCAUUUAUGCCAAUUGGAGUCCCAACUUUGUCACAGUUAUACAAACUGUACCUCAUGUGGCAGAAAACUUAAAUGGAACAUUAGGCCAAGUUGUUGAGUUUUUCAUUGAGUGCUCUUAAAAAAAAAAAAAAAGGAAAAAAUGGGCAUGAGAAUUAAAUUGCACAGCUCUGAGCAUCCUAACAACCUUCUUAAAGAACUCAACAAGUGCAGACUGUCUGAGACCAUGUGUGAUGUGACAAUCUUGGUUGGGAACCGUUCCUUCACAGCUCACAAGGCAGUACUUGCAUGUGCAGCAAAAUACUUUCAGAAUCUGUUCAUGAAUGGGGGGAUGGAAUCAACACGGACCUAUGUGGUGGACUUUAUUACACCUGCAAAUUUUGAUAAGAUCCUCAACUUUGUGUACACAUCUGAGCUUUUCACCGACCUUAUCAAUGUAGGAGUUAUUUAUGAAAUGGCUGAGAGGCUGGGUAUGUGUGAUCUUCUGAAGGCAUGCCAUUCCACAUUCCCUGAUUUGGAAAGUUCAGCUGCUACAAAACUUUCUUCUGCUCCCCAUGAGGCUCCAGCUAAUUCAGUUGGUCCCACAACUGAGCAAAACCAGCCCACAGGAGAGAUUAGAAACAGCACCGUAUUCUUCAAUCCUGAGAAGAACUAUAUUAUGAAGGUGGAAGUAGGAACAGACUAUAAGGGCCAUGAAAAAAAUGUAGGCGAGGAAGCUACUCGAACUAUGCCGGUUUUGUACCCACAAACUACAAAAUCAGAGGCACAAGGUACACUAACUCAGUACAGUCAAAUGACAUCCACAGCCAGUGUAAGCAGUCAGCCAAGCCUUAGCAGUUCAAACAUGGUUCAGACAAGUGGAAGCUCUUGCCAACAGUAUAAAAUUGAAAGCAAUGGACAUUAUAAUCAGGCCAGCUUUUUUAUGGGGGACACUGCCCUAGAUGAUACUGCUGGAAGUAACUCCUGCCCCAGCAACAGUGAAAGUUCUAAAGAUCAGGGGUUUGGCCAGAUGGACGAACUUCGGCUUGAAGAGUUGGGGGAAGGAGACCUCCAUUUUGAUGACCCAUCAGAGGAUAUGGUACCUGCAGAGGAGGUCAUAGAGUUAAGUGAUGACAGUGAGGAAGAUCUGGGUUACAGUGAAAAUGGUCAUGGUGGAAAUAAAGCAAUGCCCUGCCAGGUGUGUAAGAAGGUGUUGGAGCCAAACAUACAACUGAUCCGACACCAUGCAAGGGACCACGUUGAUCCAAAAACUGGAAACUGCAGUAUAUGCAAGGCUCAUUUUCAGGAUCGGAACUCCAGAGUAACUCAUGUUUUGUCUCAUAUUGGGAUCUUCUUGUUCUCAUGCGAUAUGUGUGAGACCAAAUUCUUCACCCAGUGGCAACUGACUCUUCACAGGAGGGAGAAGGUGUGUGCAAAUAAUAUUUUAGUGCAGCCAAAUGAUGUGCUCUCUAGGGACAUAAAUUUGGUGAAUGGGACUUCUGAUUCAGAGCUGACAUGUGCAGCAUGUGGUAAAACAUUUACUCGAGAUUUCCAGGUGCUAAGGGAACAUAUCCUAGAUCACCUCAACUUGAAGUGCUUAAUUUGUUGUGUAUGUGACCAGUCACACCGGACUUUGUGUAGCUUGAUGUGGCAUACAUUGUCUCACAUGGGUAUUACUGUCUUCUCUUGUUCUUCCUGUGCCAACAGCUUUGUUGAUAAAGAUCUUCUGGAGAAACAUAUGGUCAUCCAUAAAGGCAUUGAAUGUUAUUUAUUUAAGUGUCAAUUGUGUCCCCAAAUCUUUCGAUCAGAAGAUGCAUUGCAUCAGCAUAUGAGCCAGCGUAAGUGUGGCAGUGUUGAUGGCAUGUUGAGCCUGGCUGAGCAUCAGCAGAGACUGCAGAAGAGAAAGCUAACAGAAGACUCCCUCAUUGAAGAUGGUAGUCAGCCAAGCCAGGCCACUAACAGCAGGUGGUAUAACUGUAAAGUCUGUGGCAAACGAUUUGCUCAUUCAAGUGAGUUUAGCUACCACACUAGGAUUCAUACUGGUGAGAAACCAUACCAGUGCAAGGUGUGUCAUAGGUUCUUUAGGGGUCGUUCAACUAUCAAAUGUCACCUUAAGACUCAUGCAGGUGCCCUGAUGUACCGGUGUACUGUCUGUGGUCACUACAGUCCAACUUUGAACAUCAUGACCAAACACAUUGAAGUGCACAAAGGAAAUCUUCCCCCAGAUUUCACCAUUGAACAAACAUUUAUGUACACUAUUCAUUCCAAAGAAUCAGAGAAACCCCCAGAAAGUUGACUGGUUAUCAAUAAUAGUAAUAAUUGCAACUGUUUUACGUAUAAGCAGCAUUGUUUUAAGUGUAAUUUUAGAAUGUGGUCUGUCAAACUGUUAUAAAGGGCUACUUUGGUCUUUGGAGAUGUUUAAAACAAAAAGCGUACUUUUUAAACCAAAUUUGGUACAAACUGCAAACUGUAACAGAAAGUGAUACAUGAUGGUCAUGAUUUGCCAGUUUGGGUCAUAGUCCCCCAUCCUGAGAAUUUAUUGGUUUUGUUAAUAAAUUCUUUCCUUUCCCUCACCCCAUUCCCAGUCUCCUAUUAAAAGAAAAAACAAAAGUUGUGAAAAUGAAUGUUGAACUACAUGCCAUGGGUCAUGUGAAGCUUUCUGUUUCAGGCUGCACAGUGUUCUGUAGUGUAGCUCAUUAUGCACCUUGCCUAUAUUUUUUUCUCCCCUUCCUUUUUUAAUUAGUGUUGACAUUUGCCUUGAAGAGAAUUAUUCCUUCAGGUUUGCACCUGUUUGUUUGCAUUAAGUGUUGUGUCUGUGACAUUACUAGUUUGUGACUGUGAUACCAGAUGGAGAGUAUUUUGGAAAGCUACUUGCCCUACACCUGCAUUUUAUUUUGUUUUCCCAGCAACUUGUUCCCCAGUCCACAUUUUAAGUAUUGGAUAAAAUGCAGCUAGCUAAGUAACCUAAAUAAGUAGUUAAUUGUAUUUCAGAGCAAUUACAUGAACAAUUGUUAUUGCUGCAACAGUUAAGCAGGAUACAGGUCAUAGUUCAUCUUCAAGUAAAGGUAUGAGUAGCAGCUUUUUUGGGGAAGAUACUGAUAUCAGAUGGCAGCCAACGACUAUAUUUUAGAUUAGACUUCCAGCUCACACACCAACUGUUUUUAAUUGUAGCCUUCUUUUUAAGGGGGUAUAUUGAAAAUAGUUUCAAAAGUCAGAGUAGCGCAUUCGUUAAUGCCAAUUUGAGUCAGACUGUGUUAAUUACUGCUUAUUCCUUGUUCUAAUGUAUAAUACUUUAGAAAUACAAAAUCCAAAACAUAUUCUGUGCAGGAAACAAACAAAUGCAAAAUUCAAAGCACAUUAUAUACAGGAAGCAUGUCCAGGCUUUGUACACCCCACGCCCAUCACUCAACUGUUAUAAUCUGAAGUUGCUGCAAUUCAAAAACAGUUAAAUUAGCAAGAGUUGUGACAGUCUCUGGGGAUUGGAGUAUCAUUUAGUUUUUGUGCAUCCAUGUCGCAUUAAAAGUGAUGGUGCGGUAAAUUCAGACCUUCAUGUUUUGAACUGACAUGCUGCUGCAUUUCAGAGCAUGCAAAUGUGAAUUUCAAAAACAUGAUUGUUCUUAAUUUUGCAUAUUUUCCAGUAUAAACUGACUGCAGUCUGCUAAGCAGUUGAUAACGCUCUUAAUACGGUUUCCAGUGGAAAAUGAGCAUUCCUUUAAAGUUAGAUGUUUUCUCUGUGCUUCUGUUUCCCCAUAAUGAAUUUCUGUUCAGUCAGCACACACUUGGGUUACGUGACCUCUUUGGCAGUUAGACAUAUUUUCUUGUAAGUUCUUAGUAAAAAUGAUCAAACAUUUUAUGACAUGCAGAUAAUCUAUAGAAUGUCAGCUAAUACUGCAUCUCUUUUGGUAUUCUGAGUUAACCCAGUAAGUAAUGCUUUUUAUCAUAACUGAAUUAUUGCAGUAGUCAGAAUUAACAUGAAAAAAUGUGUGUGUGCAUGUUAUUUGGUCAUUACCUUGCAUUCUCACCCACACUUUGUUUUAUAAUGUUGUUUCUUGUACAGGAAUGUUUAUAAGCUGUAGAACUGUUUUAGUAAGGGUUUUUUCUGCCAGUAGCAGGCCUCAUUUUGGAAUUCAAUGUUUUUAUGUAUUGUUCAUUUCUAUGAAGAAUGUGGAAAGCUGUAGUAUUAAAGUGUCAUGUGUAGAUGAA